CCUGGCACGGCGGCGCAUGCGUGGUACCGCUCCAGGUGGCAUCCUUCCCCCCCAUCCCCUUAAACCUCCGCGUCGUUUCUUAUCGCUGAGGGAGCGGUGAUGGAUUUGGCGUACGUGUGCGAAUGGGAGAAGCGGCCGAAGAGCGACCACUGCCCUUCCAUCCCUCUGGUGUGCGCCUGGUCCUGCCGCAACCUCAUCGCCUUCACCACCGACCUUCGCAACGAGGAGGAGCGCGAUCUCACCCACAUGGUUCACAUCAUCGACACGGAGCAUCCCUGGGACGUCCAUUCCGUCAACUCCGGCCACGUGGAAGCCAUCACCUGCUUGGAAUGGGAUCAGUCGGGCUCCAGGCUGCUCUCAGCAGAUGCAGACGGUCACAUCAAGUGCUGGAGCAUGACCGACCACCUGGCCAACAGCUGGGAGAACACAGUGGGCAGCAUGGUGGAGGGAGAUCCAGUGGUGGCCCUGUCCUGGCUGCACAAUGGUGUAAAGCUGGCGUUGCAUGUGGAGAAGUCUGGAGCGUCCAACUUUGGGGAGAAGUUUUCCAGGGUCAAAUUCUCUCCGUCGCUGACUUUGUUUGGUGGGAAGCCUAUGGAGGGCUGGAUUGCUGUGACCAUCAGUGGUCUGGUGACAGUCUCCCUCCUGAAACCCAACGGGCAGGUGCUGACAUCCACAGAAAGCCUUUGCCGCCUCCGUUGCCGCGUUGCUUUGGCAGAUGUCGCCUUCACUGGUGGGGGAAACAUCGUGGUGGCCACUUCAGAUGGCAGCAGUGCCUCCCCUGUCCAGUUCUACAAAGUCUGCGUGAGCGUGGUGAAUGAGAAAUGCAAGAUAGACACUGAAAUCCUACCUUCCCUCUUCAUGCGCUGCACCACCGACCCUGCCCGCAAGGACAAAUACCCAGCAAUCACCCACCUGAAAUUCCUUGCUCGGGAUAUGUCAGAACAGGUGUUGCUUUGUGCUUCCAACCAGAACAACAGCAUUGUGGAGUGCUGGUCUCUGCGGAAAGAGGGCUUGCCUGUCAACAACAUCUUCCAGCAAAUCUCUCCUGUGGUUGGAGACAAGCAACCCAUGAUCCUGAAAUGGCGAAUUCUUUCUGCCACCAAUGAUUUGGAUCGUGUCUCAGCUGUGGCUCUGCCCAAGUUGCCCAUCUCCCUCACAAAUACUGAUCUGAAGGUGGCAAACGACACCAAAUUCUUCCCUGGACUGGGUCUGGCAUUGGCUUUUCACGAUGGCAGUGUCCACAUUGUUCAUCGCCUGUCCCUGCAAAUGAUGGCUGUCUUCCAUGGCUCUUCUUCCCAGCGCCCAGUGGAUGAGCAGACUAUCAAAAGGCAGAGAACUACUGGCCCCCUGGUUCACUUCAAAGCCAUGCAGCUCUCCUGGACGUCUCUGGCCUUGGCUGGCAUCGAUAGCCAUGGGAAGCUGAGCAUGCUUCGUAUCUCCCCCUCCAUGGGCCAUGUGCUGGAUAUGAACACCUCCCUGCGCCACUUGCUGUUCCUGUUGGAGUACUGCAUGGUGACUGGUUAUGACUGGUGGGACAUCCUGCUCCACGUCCAGCCCAACAUGGUCCAAAACCUGGUGGAGAAGCUGCAUGAAGAGUACACACGGCAGAGUGCAGCCCUGCAGCAGGUUCUCGCCACACGCAUUGUUGCCAUGAAAGCAUCUCUUUGCAAGCUCUCCUCCAGCACGAUAGCCCGUGUUUGUGACUACCAUGCCAAGCUGUUCCUGAUUGCCAUCAGCUGCACCCUGAAGUCACUGCUGCGCCCGCAUUUCCUCAACACCCCAGAUAAGAGUCCUGGGGAUCGGCUCACAGAGAUCUGCUCCAAGAUCACAGAUAUAGACAUUGACAAGGUGAUGAUCAACUUAAAGACAGAGGAGUUUGUCCUGGAGAUGAACACGUUGCAAUCUCUGCAGCAACUCAUCCAGUGGGUGGGGGAUUUUGUGCUCUAUCUACUGGCCAGCCUGCCUAACCAGGGCUCUCCUGUGAGGCCAGGCCACAGCUUCCUGCGAGAUGGAGCAUCCCUGGGCAUGUUCAGGGAGCUGAUGGUGGUGAUUCGUAUUUGGGGGCUGCUGAAACCAAGCUGCCUCCCUGUCUACACGGCAACCUCUGACACUCAGGACAGCAUGUCCCUCCUCUUCAGGCUUCUAACUAAACUCUGGCUGUGCUGUCGUGAAGAAAAUCACAUCACAGAGCCAGAUGAUACCCUGAUAGAUGAGUGUUGCCUCCUGCCCAGCCAGUUGCUCAUUCCCAAUAUUGAUUGGUUGCCUAUCAACGAUGGCAUUAUCAGCAAGCUGCAAAACAAACAGCUUGUCAGGCUGCAGUUUGGAAAAGCUCCUGGGCUCAUUGGUCACACUGUCUCUUCCCAGUUUGAUGCCUUUGUAAGGGCACCUGGUCAGCCCAAAAUUGAUCAUCUGAGAAGGCUUCAUUUAGGAGCAUACCCUACAGAAGAAUGCAAGUCGUGUACCAGGUGUGGCUGCGUUACGAUGCUGAAAUCUCCAAACAAAGUCACUGCUGUGAAGCAGUGGGAGCAACGCUGGGUCAAAAACUGCCUGUGUGGGGGGCUGUGGAGGAGGAUGCCCCUCAGCUAUUCCUGAGAGCAAUGGGUGCCAUGUGGAAGAGCUGGGAACGAGGAGCUGCAGCCCUUGUGAGACAGCACCCAGUGCUUGGCUGGGUGUGCUGAUAUGUUUUUCUUGCAUUGGUCUUUCAGCUUCAACGAAAGAAAAGAGGGAAGGAAGGAAAGGAGCUUUUGAGGGGCUCCUUUUAGGCUUUACUCUGUCAAAUUUUCCCAUUGCCACCAAAGGCAACGUCAGCUGGAAGCCAAUGGCCAGGGAAGGGGGUGGAAAACCUGCUGCCCUCGUGUGUCUCUGGGCUGACCAAGCAGAAUGACUGAGCCCUGCAGUCAGACGUGGCACAAACUGAGUGGUAAUGAGGGGCUCUGGGGGUACACAGAGCAUCUCCAAGGAGGGAGGAACAAACACUUGGUUCCUUGUGUUUCUCCUUUGCUGUGGGCUGCUUGGGAAGCAUGGCUGGUCAGUUCCUGUUUCCUUCUGCAUCUGAGUGAAUUUGGCUCUUCUGCUGGGAGAUUUCUUUGUAUCUAUCUGUGUUCUGAUGGAUGGAGGAGCAGGAACAUGAGGCUUGCUGCCUGGAGCAAACCCAGCCACGUAACUUUGAGCUCUUUUGUAAAUAAAAAGCUCCCUUAAUUUCGUACAGAA